AAGGGCUAGCGUAAUCGAUCAUCUUUUUUGUCUGAACUUGAAGAAACAGCGUACAUAAACGACUCGUAUUUCUGAUUUUUUAAAGAGCUCAUAACAUCAUUCAACAUGAACAGACUAUUUGGAAAAGGAAAACCGAAGGAGCCUCCCCCAAAUCUCACAGACUGCAUAUCAAAUGUGGACAGUAGGUCAGGAUCAAUAGAGAAGAAGAUAUCAAUGUUGGAUGCAGAACUCAAGAAAUACAAAGAUCAGAUGAAACGUAUGAGGGAUGGACCAUCAAAGAAUACAGUCAAGCAAAAGGCCCUUAGGGUUUUAAAGCAGAGGAAAAUGUAUGAAUCUCAAUUGGACAACCUGAGGCAGCAGUCCUUUAAUAUGGAACAGGCAAAUUACGCAACCCAGACUCUGAAAGACACAAAGGCUACUGUGGAUGCCAUGAAGACAGGAGUGAAAACAAUGAAGAAGGAGUUCAAGCAGAUCGAUAUCGAUGAAAUUGAUGAUCUGCAAGAUGACAUGGAAGAUAUGUUAGAACAGGCCAAUGAGGUACAAGAAUCGCUCUCAAGGAGUUAUGCAACACCUGAUGUAGAUGAAGAUGAUUUAGAAGCUGAACUUGAAGCUCUUGGUGACGAUAUGCUGAUGGACGACGAUACAUCUUACCUGGAUGAAGCCGCAAGUGCACCCGCGGCACCUGAUUCCUUGCCUGGUGCGGAAUCAACAAAGGAUGGUGUUUUGGUGGAUGAGUUUGGUCUACCACAAAUUGCCGCAACAUGAGAACGUGCACCUAAACUUCUUUAAAUUCCUAUUUUCUUAUAACUCAGUUAAUAAUCAUAUAAAUAGUUGUUUUGCUAUAUAUAUCAUUGUAAAAUAUUGUCUAUCUUGCUGAGUAAUGUAUGUUCUCGCUUUGUAGAUUAACUGAAUGUGAAUAUCAACUGAUGUACUUUCAGUGUCCUUGUAGUUACAUGAUAAUUCUGACGAAAAUAUGUGGACACCAGGAAGACGAAUUGGUGUAAAAUGUGACAAUAUCAGUAUAAAUUAACUACCUGUGUCAAUUGUUCAAUGUCUCCUAAAUAACUGACUUUGAUUAAAACUUAAUGCUGCGAUAAGUGAUAUUCUCCUUUACCAACCAACCAAAGUUUUACUGCAUGGAUACACAUGUAAUAAUUGAUUUUUCCUUGCUAUCCCCUCCCCCCCCACCCCCCAUGAUGUUUUGAGGAAUGAGAUCUGUAGAUUUAAGCUUGUUUGAUGUCACUGAUUAAAAAAAUUAAUAAUGCACUUAAAUAUAUUGGAAUGACAAAGUAGCUUGCAUAUCCCAUUUCCAUGUUUUUUCAUAAAUUUUCAUGAUUUGGUACCAAAUCCUCCAAAUCUGUACCUUUAAUAAGCCCCUUUUGUAGAAAAAAUGAUGACUACAAUUAGCAGAAUCAACAAAGGUAAGAAUAACGUGCAGGAACCGGGAAGGGGGAGGGAAAAUGUUGGGUUAAAAGCUUAUAUUGUUACAGAAUGGGUUUCAAUAAAGAAUCCAUAAAACAGUGUAUUUCUUUAUUAAAAAGAAUUCCUGUAUUAUUGAAGAACUGACGUACACUGUUGUCUCUUUCAUGAUUUUUUCAUAAAUUUUCAUGAUUUUGUACCAAAUCUGUACCUUUAAUAACCCAUUUUGUAAAAAAAAAUGACAAUAACAGGAAAACUUGAACCAACAUUGCUUUUUAUCUAUUAUUAGGUAUUUAUAUUACCCUUUUUCAUAGUCUAUAUUUAUAGUAUGUUCAGCAAUAUAAAAUAACAUUUUCAGUUGCAUAAUCAUUUCAUGAGAUGAUGUAGUAAAUGUAAUUUUGUACAUGAUAUUUUAUGAAAGUUUUCUUUUUCUUAAUGUAACUGUCUUGUGUAAUGAAGGAACUUUGCAUGCAUGUCUAUGCGGUCAGAAGCCAGUAUGUAGUACAAAAUCUUGAAAUCUUCGAUACUGUGGUUGUAAAUUUUCAUGAAAUAUCUGUCAUAUUAAUUUGCUGGUAGCUUAUUGAUAUUUCAAGAAUUGAAAAUACCUGAUGUUUAAUCUGAUCACAGAUUAGCUUUAUUAAAGGCCAGGACGGGGGGGGGGGGGGUGCUGGCUCUAUUCAAAUUUGUAUAUUUAAGUUUAUUAUGAAGGAACACUUUUAUAAAUUGUUAAAAUAUGUCCAAGCUGAUGUGCCUUUUGUCACAAUGCACAAAAUUGACACCUGUUGCUGUGGUUAAGUAUGCUAUUUUAUUAUGAGUCCACUGUUUGAAGAGUUGACUCGUGUAAGAAAUAGCAUGGAUGACCAACAGGUGCCAAUUUCGCACACUAACAAAAGCGCGCAUCAGCAUUGGACAUAUUUUAAUAGACGCGGUAAAUGAGCGUAAUUCAUACAGGAAAUCAUCGUAAACCAUGGGUUCAACCAAUGGUUUUAAAAACCACCUUUGUGAAAUCGGCAAAGUCUCAUUCUUUCUGAUCAAAACUAAUCUGAAAAUAUUCUAUUGAUUCGUACUAUUGAGUUUAUUUAUAGCUUGUAUGAUAGCCUCUAUCUUAUGAAAUAGUAUACAUGCAGUGUACAAUAUGAAACAGACUAAGUGUAAUAAAGAUAAAUAUCCCACAA